UCAUUCUCAGUGUGUAUCUUAAUCCAUAUCAAGUCGGACGACAAUCUUCUUCACUCCUCUAGUGAUGAUUUUACAAGAACUUUACCUGUGAAUUGAUUGAACACGCAUUCGAUUUAUUAAUAUUGACAGUUAAAAAUAAACAAAACUAAGUUAAAAUGUACGAUCAGACAAUGCAUCCAAUGUCAUCGGCGGCAAGCAACGCCUUGAUGAGCCUUCAAAAUCGAGGUGCAACAAAUUCAGCUAAUACAUCAGGAGCAGCAGCGGCAUCUACAGCUGGAAAUGUUGCCCAAAAUCUUUUUGAAAAUCCAGCCAUUCAGCCGUCAAGUGUCAUCAAUUUAUCGAAUUCAAGUGACGUAGUGAUCGGGCCAAUGACACAAUAUCAAGGACCUGUCACAAUCUAUCAAUAUAUGGAUGCCACAGUUGAGGCCAGAUCUAUGCAGGCGAAUGGUGGUGGUAUCACGCACAAUCGUCACACCGCCUCAGCAACCUCCGUUCAAACAUUAUCGACUUCAUCUAAAAUAUUAUUUGCAUUUAUUCUGAUUGUUCUGAUAAUAAUUGGAUUUAUAGCUUACCUAGAGCUACGCCACAACAAUAAAAAUGAAACAAAGCGUGAAAUUUUAUUUGGCAAUAAUUAUGAUACAGGAACAUUUCCGAACUUAGGAAAUGGACAUCUUGUGGUAGAUAGGGAACAAUGGGGUACAUCGGAGCAAACUAAAAAUCUAACAUAUCCUCUAAGUCAUCCAAUACCGUAUGUGAUGAUAACACAUGUGGGAGUGCAAUCAACUCCAUGUUAUAACAUUUAUAAAUGUUCCAUUAAAAUGCGUACUUUACAAGAUUCUUCAAUUGCCGAAAAAGGAUUGCCAGAUAUAUCUUCUAAUUUCUAUGUUGGCAACGAUGGUAACAUUUAUGUUGGACGGGGCUGGGACUAUGCCAAUACUUAUGCAAAUCACUCACUAUCAGUCACCUUCAUGGGUGACUAUAUUCGUCAUAUUCCAGACGAGAGACAGCUCGAUGCAGUCAAGUAUCUACUUGCUUACGGAAUAACCAAUAAGCACUUGGCAAUCGAUUAUAAAUUGGUAGCACAAAAUCAGACAAAAUCGACUCGAAGCCCCGGCUUAAAUGUUUAUAAGGAGAUUAUCAAAUGGCCACACUGGUAUCCAUGUGGAAUGGAUGGCAAUCCGCGUUGUGGAGUUGAACUUGGUAUGUCAGGGACUUGGAAUGGCACAAUGUAGAAAUAUGUAUUUAGAAACCUUGAAUGAUAUAUGAAUUUAUUAUUUAAACAAAUAUCAGUGAAUAAAAAUAAACGUGAUUUUAAUUUGUAAAUACAUUUUAGAAUAAGUUAUAGAAAUAAUGGAAUGUUUUUGAUUUAAGUAUACUGUAAUUGAUGUAUGCAUAAUUAUGAAUAUUUUUUGUAUUGAAAGAAUUCGGACAAUUCAUUUUUUAAAAGAAUUUUGUAUUUAAAACUAUAAACGACUGAUCCUAAACAUACACAUAACAAUUAUUGUGUUACUAUAUUUUAUUAUUAUAUUA